ACAUGUGUCAUUUCUUAUUUAUGUAAUUUCAUAAUUAUUUUUGUCUUAUUUCAAGCAAAAAUUGUGACCAUUAAAAGCAAGAAAUGAUAUCCAGGCAAGUUAUUUUCCUGGUGGACCAAUGUAGCUCUAAGAAAAUAGAAAAUUUCUUCAGGUGUGAACCCUGAGCAUCCACAUGUGAAACCUGGGAAUGAGAUCUAUCCAAACGGAGGAAAAACCACUGGAAUGGAUCUGGGUGGCACGGAAGAGAAGGUGCGCCCCAACUCCUCUGCACUCGCUGGCUCCACCACAGAUCACAUUUCUCUCACCGGGUUGUCCCCCGUCCACACGCGAGUUCAGAAGCCAUUCCGGGAUGAGAUUCUCACGGGGAGCCUCUUACAACGGCGCCCAACCAGGACUGCGCCCAGCCUCGGGCCUCCUCCCGACCAUCACCAGACGCCCCAGGCAGCUCGUCAUUUCCCAUUUGUUAGGUUUCUCCCACCACAAGUCCCAGGCGGGACCGUGGCCGCGCCUGGAGCGCCCUCCUCUCUCGCCCGCCACUGUACCUGUCGUCACCUGCGGCGAGGAGACCUGUGUGUGGUCGACACACAAGCGCUUUGCCGAUGAGGCCAACAGAAGAGGGGACGCCGGGCGCUCCCGCGUAGACGCACCUCGGCCUGCAGGAAUUCCGUCUGCGCCGCCCGUGGGCGCUUCUCGCGGAUCUCGGAGAAAGUGGCCGCCGGGGAAGAGCUCCACCACGGCGACAGGACCGGGACGUAACGGAUCCCCAAGGCUGCCGGGAUGCAGCAACGGGCGGCCUAUUGGCCGGGGCAUCGCGUUCCCAUGUGAAGGAGGAUGGGGAGGUCCCGGGGUCCCCCACGCACAGUGCCUCCUCGUUUCGCCAUCCGGGCCUUAA